ACUACACACAAAGUGUGUGUCUGUAUGUGAAACUAAAGUGCAGACCUACAGAGCCCACAGCUUCCUCACCGUGCUGCCUUACUGUUCACACACACCCUGAUCUGACCAACAUUUAAGAAAUGAAACAAUAACCUUAUAACUCCUGACAACUUCAGUAAAGAAAGAAGUAAAUGUAUAAACGAUAAACAGUUUCAUUUAGUAAAAUGUCAUUAUAAUAUUAACAAACAAACAAUACUCAGCAAGAUGAGCAGAGAAAAGGGAAGUAUGUUUAUUUGUCGUGAUAAGCUGACAGAGGCAAUCAGAAAAGUAUGAGAUACCAGCAGGUUAUUAGAAAAUUCCAGGAGGAGCCGACCUGUUUUUGAGGAAUUAGUGCAACAUGCAGGGAGAUUCAUGGAAUCAGAUUUGGAGUUAUGUUCAUUGUGUCCUUUUUGUUGGGUAUCGUGAACUCCGAUUCCUUCUGAGUACCAGGUGAAAGAGGCUCCUCGGAUUGUGCAACAACUUUGCCUAUGUGGUGAUGCUGAGCGCGGCCCAUGACAUCCUCAAAAAACAAGAGUCACAAAACGCCACAGCACCUACACCGGCCGCACUGGUUGCAGAUUUCCAAGGUGGGAACAGCAGCAGCAACAGCAGCAGCCGCUAUGACUGCAAUCCUGUCUCUACUGCGGCUGUGCUGUUAGCUGACAUCCUCCCAACACUUGUCAUCAAGCUCACUGCUCCUUUUGUAAUCCACAAACUGCCUUAUGGUUUCCGAGUGUUGGUCUGUUCCCUCAUGGCAGCCACAAGUUUCCUCAUUGUGUCCUUCUCUUCAGCUGUCUGGAUCAGCAUACUGGGAGUGGUCUUUGCCAGUGUCAGUGCUGGCCUGGGAGAACUGUCCUUCCUCUCUCUCACCGUCUUCUUCAGCAGGGAUGUACUGGGAGGUUGGGGCUCAGGUACUGGUGGUGCUGGUGUUUUUGGAGCGUUGCUCUAUUCAGCCUUCACCCAAGCUGGCCUGUCACCCCAGGUCACUCUGCUCAUUAUGCUGGUGAUCCCAUUUGCUAUGUUGGUGAGCUAUUUUGUCCUGCUGGUUCCUCCACCUUCAUUACCUCAGUGGAAAAACAAGGAGACGGAGUAUACAGCUGUGGGCUCAGAGGAGAGACGGCAGCUGAUGGAUGAUUCAGAAGGAGAGGAGCAGGAGGUAUCAGCCCCAGAGGACAGGAGCACUGGACCUCUCACCUUCACAGAGAAACUCCACAUCAUCAGAGGCUUGCUGAAGUUCGUGUUUCCCCUGGGGCUGGUUUACUUUGCUGAGUAUUUCAUCAACCAGGGCUUGAUGGAGCUCCUGUACUUCCCAAACUUUUUCCUGUCCCAUGCAGAGCAGUAUCGCUGGUACCAGACACUGUACCAGUGUGGUGUGCUGGUGUCUCGAUCCUCCCUGUGCUGUGUGAAGAUCAGGAAUCUGUGGGCCCUCUCUCUGCUACAGGUGGUGAAUGCGGUGUUCCUUCUGUUUGCAGUGGGCUACCAGUUCCUGCCCAGCGCCUGGCUCGUGUUUGCUAUUAUUGUCUAUGAGGGUCUGCUGGGUGGAGCUGCGUAUGUCAACACCUUCUACUUCAUCAGCAAGGAGACUGAAGACAGACAGAGGGAGUUCGCCAUGGCCGCUGCCAGUGUAGGAGACAGUCUGGGCAUAGCUCUGGCUGGACUGGUUGCUUUCCCCGUCCACAGAUACUUCUGUAACCUGUGACCCAGCCCACACACUCACACCAGCAGGAUGAAUAAGCAAGAUGUGGGUGCGUUCCAUUUAAGGGAUUUUUUUUUUUUUUUUUUUUAUCUGAAAUGACAAAAGCAGACUUUCCUCCUACAUAAUAUUGACUCCACAAACUGUUUUUAAUGCAGAUUCCUAAUCACCAUGAGUGAACCAGAGAGACACGGCCUUUCAGUUGCAUUGAUCGCAGCCUGUGAAGGCAUGGUAAAAGCUCGCUUAACAAUGUGUUAGAGUUCUGCUGGUUCACACACCCACUGCUCUGACAGCCUGUCGCCUGCAGAAAGAGAAAGUGCUGAGAAUGUCGAUAGCUUGUUUUGCAGACCAGUAUUAGUUGUGCACAAAGCUCAGGAACAAAUAAUGAUCCUUUUCCUUUUUAUUACAUUUAUAUUUUAAUUUAAUACUGUUUCCUGAACACAAGUGUUUCUGAAUGACAGGGCAUAGUUAAUUUUCAAAAAUUACACCCACUAUAUCUUUGUCUUGUCAAACAGUUUUGAACAGUAACAAUUCAAUCUGAGCUGACCAAACACCAGACUACAGCACAAGAGCUGACCUUAGGAUGAACAGGAGUUUAACUGGAUUCACUUAUCUUUUUUUUUUUUUUUUUUUUAAAACAAUAUUGAAGUAUUCAAAUUGAAAAGUGUGUGUUAACCUCUCACUACCAUUGAGAGUUGGCAUUACACAAAAUCACCUACGCUAACUAAAACCAAAACUGUUAGAAUAAAAUGGUUGGUGGUCAAGACCUUAGAUGACAACAUAACAAAAUUUAGACAUUUUAAAUGUUUUAUUUAUAUUUUAUACUGACGGUGUGGGAUAUUUAUUCUCUGUGAUAACAUUCUUAUAUUUGGAUUCUGUGUCCUCAGUUCUGGGACACAACCCAAGAACUCCAAGCCAUUGAAUACUGACUGCUGUAAGACCAUUACAGCAUCAUUUUAGGCUCAACACAGUGGAAAUAACAGUAACAGAGUGACGUGAGCUGAUAAAACUCUGCUUCUUAUUGCUUACUAACUAACUAACUGACCAAUGUUUGUUCUGCCUUUUAGUCACUGCUGCUAUUAAAACAGGUCGUGACUAAAGUGACCAGAAAUGCCUUUUACUGUUUCUACUAAAAUGUGGCUUAACAUUUUAUAUUGUAUAGACUGUAACAAUCUGGAAAGAGGGACAAUGUCCUGAGGUUUAAAACGUUAAUUCUUUUAACCUUCGUCAGUGAAAAGAUGUAAUAAUAAAAAACAAUAGGAACAUGUUGUGGGUACGCCUGUCACCAGGACUAUUUGCCUUUGCUGUGCACUUUUUUUGCUCACGUUUUGCUCAAGUUCUUCUUUUUCAUGUUCCGAAACUGUCAGUUUUCCUACUUUCUCAAAGUCAUGUAAGGAUAUGGUUUAAAAUUUGAUUUUACAAAUGGUAGUUUUUUAUUAUAAUAAUUGUCCUGAUAUACUUUGUACAUAUACACUCUGUUUUCUCUUAAACAUGUCUCAGUUACAUACCACUGUACACAUUCCUGCUGAAACUACCAACAUUUUAUAUGAUACUGCUGCUGUUGAAUUGUCGAUUUUGCUGCAAUUUGAUGAUAUUGUUAUAAGCAUGUACUUGUUUUAACAGAUUUUUACGUAAUUAAAAUAUUUUGAAGUUUGGUGUUAAUUUAAAU